UGCACCGGGGUUUUGCCAUCUUGCCUGGGGUUGGUUGGAGUGUGAAGCAGCAACAGUAGUUUAGCAGGAGAUCGCUAGCUCAGACCGCUGCUCUGGUAAACUGGUUAUCUGUCAGCUAGCUGCCUGCUAGUGGCUGCUACCAGUAGUGAGCGGUCCUCAAGGCGGAAAGACAGAACUUGACCGACUUUAACUUAUUUUCUUCUGACCGCCGCUGUAAUAUAUUUGAUUUUCGACCCGCUGAUGGAUUUGUUUACUUCACAGUUUCGCACAUGCCGCAACUGAGGCAGGGGAAAGUAGCUAACAGGAGCUAAGAGCGCUACUCGGAGGAGAACUAGACAGAGCAGAGUGAGACAGAGAGGGAGGAGUCGGCCGUAGGAGCCCGGGCCUCAGGCUGAAGUACCGGCAGCUGCUGUUCACCAACAAGUUUGUCAAGGCCAUUUCUGCUACCCCGCUGCCGGGACACAACAGAGGCCGAGUGGAAGGAGAACAGCAGUCAACGUCGGGCACCGCUGCGGGACGUUUAGCAGCUCUGGUCCCGGUUGUUGUGACACUUUUCUCCGCGGAGAGAGGAAGAGGAACGUUAUGGAAAUGAACUGUGACGGUACGAGUGUGAGUCAUAUCCCGCUACUGUGAAUUACUUCGCAAGACAUUUCGUCGAGCACUGAAGUUGUAUUUGGGGGCAGACGGACCUGGCGCAGAUAGUCAACAUGUCGAAAUUAUCCGCUAAGAAGAAAAGUUGUUUCCAGAUUACAAGUGUGACGCAGGCUCAGGUGGCGGCCAGCAGCAUCACCGACGACACAGAGAGUCUGGACGAUCCGGACGAGUCCCGGACGGAGGACGUGUCUUCUGAAAUAUUUGACGUUUCUCGCGAUCCCGGAGCCUGUGACAGAAGCUCGUCCGAAGAAACCCUAAACAAUGUAGGGGAGACUCAGGAGAGCCAUACUCUCACCACAGGCCCUGUCAAUGGGGGAUUUUCCUUUAAAAGUUUAGGCACAGGACGUGUCACGCCACAUAAUGGGGUGACUCGACCUCAUAAUCCGCUGACAAUCAACAACACCACUGUCACCACCAGUGUGGCUCACACUGCUCCUGUUAGCACCAGCUGUAGUUCCCGUUUCAGGGUCAUCAAACUGGACCAUGGUACUGGAGAGCCCUUCAGACGGGGCAGGUGGACAUGCACUGAGUUCUAUGAGAAGGAUUCAGAUUCCAAUAUUAUCCGGACUGCGGACAGCAUAAAGCCAACUGUGACCUUUGAUCACAGUAUAGACAGAGACAGUGGCCUGGGGACCACCGGCAAUUCUCUGGUUACUAGCUGUGCAUUUUCUGCGCAAACAUUUGAGAACAACACAGAUAGUGGCUUCUCACUUGGACAACCUAGUCAUGUCGCCCACCCUUCAGAGCUUCAGCACCAAGGCUACAGCUUGGCUCCUCAGAUCGGAAAUGGGUCAAGUGCCUUCCGGCCCACAGGAUACACAGCCACAGCCUCACAACAGGCCAAUAUGGUCAGCAUGCAGCCUGCUGUUUCUCAGAACACCCUCUCUAACAGCAUCAAUGGUGUCCACCACGGUGCCAUGCAGCAGUCACCUAUUAUGCCUCCUGCUACACAGCCCCAGCAGUUUCCAUAUUCAACUCAUCCAACUGGCCUCACAGCUGGUCAGCCAGAUUAUCGACAGCAGCACUUUGGCUCAAGCACACAGAACCUUCCCUUGACAAAUCUCUCAGUGGUACCUCCAACCAGCCAAGUUGUGUCCUCCGCUAGCAAUGCCACAGCCAUUGCCUCUUUCCACUUAGGAAGUGGCCAGCAGCAACCAGUCAGCCAGAAUCAGCCUUCAGGGGGAAUAGUCAGUGCACCUCCUGCACAUUCUGUCAUCUCAGCCACCACCACCACCUCAUCCCUAAGUAGUUCCCAGAAUGUUCCUGCCUCAGUGCCCAGUACCACCAACACCCCUCCAGGUGUGCCAAUUCAGACCCCAGGUACUGGAGGGCUUGCACAGCCCCAAGGGUCCCUUGGAGCCACAACAGGCCUCCCCUCUGGCUUUAUCAACCAUGCAGAAGAUGGUAGGAGUCUGAAGUCUGACACUCCAUCGCAGCCUGGUUCUGUUAUAGCCCCAGGAAAAGAUGCUGGAAAGCCUUCUAUCGGUGAGACCUUCAAUCUGCCAACUCCUACUGUCAACAGUCUGUUUGGCAUCCAGAUAACAAUAGAUGGCAAUGCAGAUGAGGAGAGGAACCCAUCCACAGCUUUCUACCAGGCUUUCCGGCCUUGCAGGUUGCGAGGGUCAAAGCCCAUCAGUGAUAGUGCUUCCGGUGCCAGUGUUGUAGCCAUCGAUAACAAGAUUGAGCAGGCAAUGGACCUGGUGAAGAGCCACCUGAUGUAUGCCGUUCGUGAGGAGGUGGAGGUUUUGAAGGAGCAGAUUAAAGAGCUGUACGAGAGGAACUCUGUACUGGAGCGAGAAAACGCUGUCCUGAAGUCACUGGCCAACUCGGAGCAGCUCAACCAGCUCUCCGGUCAGCUCAGUCAGGGUGGCAGCCAGUUGACGACGCUUCAGCAGCAGCACCAGCACAUUACAAACAACAACAACAACAACAGCCCCCUAAUUCACCACGACGAGGCUCAGAGCGUCCCCCACCAGCCCAACGUCACCUCGGCGUGACCCACUUUACUCCUGUACACGCUUUAAAACACACCUCCCACAGACAGGAGUAAAGCAAUCCUGUCAGAGAAAGACAACAUCUUUGACCGUCUCGUGAGCUUCAAGGAAAAAAAAAAAGCGGCUCGGCUCUACAGUCAUCGUAUUCCAUUGUAGGUCAGAAGUGGACAAAACCAAUGUUGUCGCCGAGGGCCACGCUUCAAUGUUUGCACACUGAAAUCACUGGGCCUCGGUUCUUUCUAGGGCAGUUACCACCUGUUGAAAGGUCCAGUGUGUGGUGGCCAGGAAGCUGGAAACAGAAUAAUCAAAGGUUGUAGGGGAGUUGGUCCAUACCAUUAAAAAACAAAAAAAGAAACUGCAUGCUGUUAUGGUGCAGGAGACAGUUGGGCUGCUCUCCCACAGUCUGUUCUCCGCACUCAGAGGCUGGAGGUCAGAGAAGCGAGGGAGCAGCAAGGGAACACACUGGCUCUCCCCUUAGUUGACAAAAAGGAGGAGGAGGAAAAGGUGGAGGACGAGGAGGGCGCCAGGAGGCACCUCGGCUCACGCAGAGCAAGUCGGGAACCUCCGCUUGUUAAAAAUGCUGCAGCAUAAUAAAGCUUGUGUUGUUUUCUCAGAGCCACCAUACUUGUCAUGAAUCAUAACUUUUUAGUUAGUUUCAGUUUUAGUAUCUGCAUUUAUUUAUUUCAGGGCUGCUAUUAUUUUUUUUUUCAUAAUGUAAAUGAACAAUGUCAUUGAGACAAAAAAAAAAACAACCUACAAGAAACAAACCUUUUGGUCAUUUUGGUAGUUUAGACUCUGUCAGGUAUUAUAUUUGGCUCUCGCAAACAAGUAGGUCUCAACAAGUAGGCAAUAAUGUAAAUGUUUAUUUUUUUUUCUUGUCAUGAGAUGUUGCUAACACUACGGCUGAGCUUGCAUUAUUAUAGGUGAGAUCCAGUUUGAAUGUAUAUUUUGUAAAAGUGUAAAGUAUUAAGUAUGAGCAGGGGAUUUGUACAGGUGAACACCAGUUGAGAUAUAAAAAUCUGUGAUGGGAUGUUUCGAUAUAGAAACGAAUAAUUUACCUUUUCUACAGACUGUCUUUGUCAAAGUAAAAAUAAAGUUUAAAAAAAAGACAAAUGAAUUUGUGGGUGUGGUCGAGGGGAUGAAAAGCUGUGAAAAUUGUUCCAAUCUACUUUAAAAAAAAACAAAAAACCAAAGACGCAAAGCUGUGUAUGUUUUUUUUUCUCUUUUCCCCUCUGUUGAUUUUAAAAUGCACAUUUUGUAUUAUUUCUCCUUUCCUUACCCCCUCUCUCUGUUUUUUUCUGUUCAUUCUUUUUUUGCAGUUUUGCAUGUUGUGCAUGAUCUAUAAUCAGACCACUUUCUUACCUCAUGUUUUUAUCCAGCACUCUUUAUUUUCUGUCAUGUCAGUCUGUGAAUGAUUGAGAGAAAGGAUUGGUGUAAGAGAGGGAGAGAGAGAGAGAACAGUGGGACAGAAGGAAGUGAAAGUGGUUGAGGGUUAUUAUAAUAAUAAUAAUAAAUAAUAAUAAUAGUUUGUUUUCACAUGCACAGACAAAGGUUUUUGUUACAUAGCAAAUUUAAAUGUAUUUAAAAAGAAUAAAUGCAGCAUUUAGAUUUUUUUCUAUCCAGUCUACAACAACUCGCUUGCAAUAGCCGACAAUAAACACACAAAAAAAGGAAACUAGUGAACAUUUUCACACCUUAACGCUGGAAAACAGUUGAUUGUGUAUGAGCAUAUUAUGGGAUGUCCUGUCUACGUCACGUCUUUGUGCCUCUUCUGCCGCCGUCCUGCUGCAGUCAGGCGGUUCGGUUUUUUUUCUCUCUGUGGCUUAGAACCAAACCAAAAUGCUUGGAAGUGUACAAUCAGACAUCUUUGGAAACGAUGGACUCUUUAGAUCUCCCUUAUUUGGAAAAUGGGCUUUUUUUCCCCUUUCCAUAUUUUUUUUUUUCAUUUUUGUCCUGAAGGAGAUGCUGUGUACAUGCCAAGUGUACUGUAUGAAAGUGAUCACUGAGCCUUGGAGAAAAUAUCUUAAUGAUGCCCUUGUAAUGUGCUGUUCAGACAAUUUUAGUUUUCAGUCAGAAAUAAAUUACUGUUUUAUUAUGAA